UGGGGGCCUCUCUUGUGGGCUGGUCUUAAGUUUUCCUGGAUGAGUAGGCUCUUUGCUAUUUCCUGAAAACAUGUUAUGAAAAACUACUGCAAUGAACAGAUUUUGCAAUAGAACAUAAAUAAAUCUGCAAGAGGUUCGUGUCUGUGCACAGAAUUAUGGCUUCCUCUUUACUGUUCGGAUUCUGUGUUCUUUCUCUCACACUUGCAGCUUCAGGACUUCACUCUUCAGAUCAACCACUGAUGUUUGCUUCACUAGGAGAUAGUGUUACUUUGCCAUGUGGUGUACCCUCCAUCACAUCCCGCUCCUCUGUGAGCUGGACUUGGCCUGAAACGGUCACAGAGGUGGUGAAGGCGGGACAGGUGACAGAACUCUACGUCCCCAGGUUCAACCUGCUGCAGGACUACUCUCUGCAAAUUCAUCACGUUGAACUCAAUGAUGCUCAACUCUACUCCUGUGAAAGUGGAGGACUCAGUUCAAGGGUUUCCCUUCACGUACUCCAAAUUGAUAAGGAAAAUACGCCCAGCGCGGACAUGUUAGAGCUUCACUGUUAUCUCAACACACAUAAAGGUCAUGUAUCUUGUAACAACAGAGGAAUAAACACCACAUGGAUUACUGAAGAUAAUAAACCUUUAAAUGGAGGCAGGUUUACCUUUGAAUAUGUCUCUGAAUGCUUCUCUAAACUCAUCAUCCAUAAAAAGCUGACAGACCAUUACAGAAAAUGGAGAUGCCAGCUGAAUCAGAAUCAAACAGUUAAAGCCAGAGCCAGUUAUACAACAACAGUAAAAGGUACAGAACACCACCCUGAACAAGUCUCAAAUAGAAUAUAUAGUUUAUGUGUUCAAAGUGUAACCAGCUUUGUUUUUACCCUAGAUGGCCAAGAGGAAGUGUUUGCCGUUGUGAGUGAGUCAGUCUCACUCACUUGUGGUAACACUUCCUCUCUCAGCGUGGGCAGCAGAGUGGAGUGGGGGAUGAGCUCACACACACUGGUGGGGGAUAGGUCACCUGAUAAGAAGCAAAUAGAGGCAUCUCAUAUAAAUAAAGACUUCUCACUGGAUAUCAGCAGAGUGAACCCUCUGCAUGCAGGGGGAUAUCAGUGUUCUGAGUCUGCUGGUCAUCAGGUGUUAAACAAAAUCAAGCUGCAUACUUUAGAUGUUACAUCAGAGAGCAGCUCAGGAGGAGGAAAUCUAACCUUGACUUGUGUACUAACCUGCUCUGAAGAAUGUGAAAAAGACUUCAAUUUAGCUUGGUCUGGAAGUGGUCCAAAUUGCACGCAGAGCACUUUAAUGCACAUCAAUAAUACUCUGAUGAAAAGCCUAUUAGUAACAUCUUUGUCCAUGGUAUCAGAUGAAUUAAUCUGCUCUGUGCAUAGAGAGGGAGAGCUGAUGGCUUCAAAGAGGUGGUUCACAGUUAACACUCUGCAAACUCCUGCAUGGUUAGCCUUUCCUCUGGGGCUCUUAUUGGUGUUUAUGAGUGCUGGAGGUCUCUAUAUGUACAUCAAGAGGAAGCACAACAAGGAUGCAGGUAGUCAGUCAGCAGGAAAUGAGCGAUCAAGUAUUGGAAUGACUCAUAUUUAUGAGGGAAUUGAGGACCACAGUUAUGCGGAACAACACCAGCAAAGAAACACCAAUAUUGAAGCUGCAACCACCACUGACAGUUUUUAUGAUUUGUUGCAGGCUGUGAACUAAUAAAAGAGAUUUUCUUAUUAUUCUUUUUUUCCUCAACAUGUACUUAUCGAAAAUAUCAAACAUGUUAUUAAGGGAUUAUUUACCUGUCAGAGACAGAGAAGUUUACCAGUUGUUUUGACUCCUCAUUUAUGAUCCUUUUUCAUUCUACCAGUAUUUAUACAGAUUGGAUGAAAGAUAUUACUGAAAGCUCAUGUUGUGAACAUGUCAUUUUAUUUAUCAAAAAGAAAACAAAUGACGUGAUAUAUUGAUACAAACAGGGUGAAGACAUAAUAUUUUCAGCAGUGACAAAGCAGAGGGUUAGCAUUUUUUAUAUUCCUUAAUCUGCGACUCUACAAUACAAACUCAGACAUCUGUAGUUAAGAUACAACAAGCUUUUGAACAAUGCAUUCAUGUACACAGUCAAUCGUGGAAAAUAUUCUCCAUGUUCAGCCAGAAAUGACUAGUAAUGGACUGCAAUGAAAGACAGAAAUUUGUUAUUUUGCAGUUUUAAUAUAUGAUGUGAAUUAAUGCACUGAGUUUUGAUACAUACAAGUAUCUAUGUUGUCAUCCUGGUAUUUGUAAAGGGUAUUAACUCGUUGGGUCAAAAGAUCUGAGAGAAAAGGUUAAAAAGUUGUGAGUGAAGCAGGAGGAGAGGUCACAGAGGCUGAUCUCAGGAAGGAAAUCAGCACAAAAAAAAAGGGUACUCACCAUUUGAAGGUGUUAAACUUGUAACCUCAUACUCUGCGUACAGCUCUACAGCAUCACCUGAUGAAUACAUGAGAACAUGAACAUAUCAUUGAACUGCAUCGCUAUCAAAGUAAAAAUAUCUUCGAGUCAGAUCAAACCUGUGUGGGGACUCUGUGUAUGCUGUAAAGCUUCCUGGGUGUUACGUCUGUUGUAAAUGAUCAGUAGGGUCAGAGCAGUAGUUAUGGCAAUCCCAACAAUGGCUACAGUCACAAUGACUGCAAUCAAUGCUCCACUGCUCCCCUCCUUCAUGGUUUCCAAAAUAAUCAAACUGGUUGUCAGGGCUGAAGGUGACAGGAAUACGGUGUACAUAUUAGGACAUGAUAAGGUCUCAGAGUGAGGUAUCAAACCUCAGAUGAAAAAGCAUCAUGUCUCUGGAAAACCCAGUCUGUUCUAAGAGUGAGGUGUCAGACCUCACAUGAAAAAAGCAUCAUGUCUCCAGAAAACCUCCGUUAUGUGUCAGACUUAAGACUUAACAGCCUCAGACCAGACGACUUCAGACUAUAUGGCUUAAGAAAUACAUGAUUUAUCUUACUCUGAAGGGAACACAUGAAGUGUUAUUAAUGUCAUUAAUGCACCAUUACCCUGUGCAUUUGUGAGGAAAUACAAAGUUAUAUUUCGCAAGGUUCUCUCUUCAAAAUGAGCUCCUUCUCAUGCCGUGUUAAAAUAAUGACAUUUCAUGUGUUUCCUUCAGAAUAAAAUAAGUGAUUUAUUUCAUAUGAAGCCGUUUCAUAUGAAGUCUGACACAUGAAGGAGGUUUUCUGGAGACAUGAUGCUUUUUCAUGUGAGGUCUGACACCUCCUUCUGAGACAUGAGGAUUUCCAUCAGUAUAUUGAUGAUGCAGUAGUUUUAAGUAAAGGAUUAUAUAAAAAGUUAUCACUGAAAUACCUGGUACUGCUGUGGUCAUUGAUGUGGUCAUUGAUGUGGUCACCUCAACAUUUCCCACUUUACAAAAUAAAUAAAAAACUUGCAUCA